AUGGAGUUGAAACAGCUGCCUAUCACAGAGAGUGUUGGAACUGAAAAUGCCGAAGAACACAGCCAAGCAGAGGCACAAGAGCUAGAUGUAAUGGGAAGUGAUCAGCUUGUCUGUAAGCUAGAUACUUCAUUGUCACAGUGUGAAUCAAGUGAUUGGAAUUUACCAAUAACUAACUGUGUGGGUAUACCUGUAGCCAAACACAGGGAACAGAUAGUGUCUCUGAUAGAAAGCAAUUCAGUUGUGAUUGUACAAGGAGCACCUGGCAGUGGUAAGAGCACAGAGGUUCCACAGUGUAUUUUGGAGUAUUGCAUUCAGCAAUCUAUCUACUGCAAGAUUGCUGUUACCCAGCCUUGGAAAAUUGGUGCCAGCAGCAUUGCCAGGUGGAUUAGCAGGAAACAAUCAUGGACACUAGGUGGACUUGUAGGAUAGCAGAUAGUUUUAGGGAAUAAAUCCACAAAGGAUACAAAGUUGCUGUACAUGACACCUGGAGUUCUUACUGACAAAAUAGUUUCUGCCAAAAGCUUAACUGAAUUCACACACAUUUUCAUUGAUGAUGUGCAUGAGCGUACAAAAGAAAUGGAUUUCUUGCUUUUGGUGGUCUGUGAACUGUUAUGUACAAAUUCACAGCCUGUAAAGGUAAUACUGAUGUCUGCUUUCAUCAGCUGUGGAGAAUUUGCUGAUUACUUUGCACUUCCAGUUCGUAAUGGUCUGAAUCCAGUCUGUGUAUUGAAGGGGGAAGGCAAACAUUAUGCAAUUGAAGAAUAUUAUCUUGAUGAUUUGAAGCACACUGUUCAUUCACAGCUUCCUUCUCAAAGAAUUGAGCAACCAGUCAUAGUAGAGGAAAUGUAUGGAGUAGCAGUGUCUUUGAUGGAGUCAUUUGAUAAGUCGGAGAUGAAGAGCAGUAGUAAAACAACUUGGGGUAGUAGAUGUUAAUCAAAAUGUGGAAGUGUGCUAGUAUUUUUACCAGGUUUGAGUGAAAUAAACUACAUGCGUUCAUGUCUCUCAGAUGUGUUUAAGAAAAGGUGGAAAGUGUACCUGCUUCACUCACAUCUGACAUUAAACCAACAAAGCAGUGUAAUUUUGGAUACAGCUCCUGGCUACAGAAAAGUUAUUCUAGCUACAAACAUAGCUGAGAGCUCUGUAACACUUCCUGACGUUAAAUAUGUGAUAGAUUUCUGCUUAACUAGAACUUUGGUUUGUGAUGAGAAAACAUAUUACCAGAGCUUGAGACUUUUCUGGGCAUCUAAACCAAACUGUAAUCAAAGAAAAGGUCAUGCUGGACAUGUUUCCAAGGGGUAUUGUUACAGGCUUGUAAACAAGGACUUCUGGACAGACUUUAUUCCAGAGAAGUCAGUACCUGAGAUACUGCAUUGUCAGUUGGGUUCUACAGUUUUAAGAAUAAAAGAGCUUGAUAUGGGGGAACCAAAAGCCUUGCUGGCAACAGCUCUUUCUCCACCCAGUGCAGGUGACAUUGAACGUACCAUACUACAGCUGAAAGAGCUGGGAGCACUUGCAACUUGUGCACAAACAGAAGAAAAUCCACAUGAUGGUGAGCUGACUUUUUUAGGAAUGGUAUUGGCACACUUGCCAGUAGAUUUGCAUCUUGGAAAAUUGAUAGUCCUCGGGCAUGUCUUCAGGUGCUUAGAAGAAUGCCUUAUUAUAGCUGCAGCACUGUCUUUGUGGAGUUUUUUUGCAGUAUCUUUCAAAAAGCAUGUUCAUGGACACAGGAAAAAACUGUGUUUUGCUGACAAUAGUAAGAGUGACUGUAUUGCAAUUGUGAAUGCAUUUAAGGCAUGGCAGGCCUGCACGCAAAAAGGGAACUGGAGACAUCACAAGGCAGAGCGUGAGUGGUGUCAAUCAAAUGGCAUUAAUAUCGAGAAGAUUAGAGAGGUGGCCGAGUUAUUUCACAACUUGAAAGAAUGAGUCAGCGCAUUUAACAUGUCUGUUAAUGCUCAACCCUCUGCUCUUGGUCAGGAAUGUGUAUACAAACAACACUUCAUUUUGCAGGUUGUAAUAGCUGGUGCUUUAUAUCCAAACUACUUUACUUGUGGAAAAUGUGAUGAAAAAAUUGCUGUGAGAUACCUUGAUGGCUAAGAUCCAAAAACCACUGUACUGAAUGCCUUUGAAAAGGUGUUGCAGUUCCAAGUGUAUGUGGACUGUCAGAAGCAGACAGUGGGGCCUGUGGAGAUUCCAUUUGAUGCUUUGCAGCAGCCAGAGGUGAUCCCAGGUAGUUAUCUGUGCAUCAAGAUAACAGAGGUAGUAGAAGCUGGACACUUCUGGGGUUACAGGACAGAUGAAAAAAACAGGACUGUACUCCAGGCUCUAACUACUGAAAUCAACUGCCAGAACCAUGAUUUGCCAGUGUAUCCACAUCUGGGCUUGAUUUGUCUGGCACCAUUCCCUGAUGUGGAAAAUGGAGUAUACUAUAGAGCUAGUAUUCUGCAUGUUUGUGAAGAUUUUGCUGAGGUACAGUUUUUUUUUGUGGAUUAUGGCAAUAGAUCAAAAGUGCCUUUGAAGACAUUAAAAAACAUUCCACAAUGUCUUCGAGAGCAUCCCUUCCAGGCUUUAGAAUUCAAGAUGUGCAAGAUGCAUCCAUCUGCAGAAUCUCUUGUGCGUGGGCAGUGCUGGACUUCUGCUGCUAACGAGAGAUUUGCCUCACUAGUACAUGGCUCUAAUAAUCUAAUGAAGGUGAAUUCAGUUGUGCAUGGUGUUCUGCAUGUGGAUGUUUUCCAUCUUUCAAGGAGUGAAAAGCUUGUGAAUAUCCAAGAUAUACUUACUGAAGAAUGUUAUGCUGAGCUAGCAGAAGAAUCAGAUGAAUCACAGUCUUCCAUUAUUAUUAUCUUUGAAUUGCUCAAGGAAUUAUUUUUGGACCAAGCAAAGAAAGAAAAGAAAAUGCUUGUAUCUUCAAGAAAGGAAGAAAAGCGUCAAACUGAAAGGUGGUUAAACUGCUUUUCAGACAGUAAAUCUAAUGCACCAACCCACAAGGUAACACUUUUUGGUCCACUCAGUCCUUAGGAGGUAGAAUGCUAUGGUAUGACUAGAAUAUCCCAGCCCAGAAGUGGUUUCAUACAAAAGAACAGCAUAAAUUCUGUUGUCAUCCAUGAUGCUCCACAAGAUUGCUUUCAGCAGUUGUUGGUUGCUGCUUCUUUAUUAACAAAUGAGACUGGAUCUGCUGUGUUGUUAGGGGAAGCAUCUUUGAUGCCUCCUAUUCCUGGCCUGCUUGCACUUCUCAGUAUGCUGUUUGCUCCUGCUAUAGAACUCAGGGUUGAUAAAAGUGGAAAGUGCUUUACUGGUGUUCUGUGUGGUUUGGGCGGGAGUCAGACUUGUGGCGUUCCACUGCUACCAGAAAAUGACAUGGAGCUGACAUUUGAUGUGCAUUUUGGAGUGGAAGACAUCUUGGAGAUAAAUGUCCUGAGGACAGCCAUUAAUCAGGUGCUUUCUGAAUGUGCAGCGCCUUCUGGGCAAGAGAGGAUGACACAGCUGCAGGAAAACGUUCGUCAGAAACUUCUAUGUUUAAUUUGCAAAUCAAAACCUCGGGAUGUAAUUGUUCCUACGUCAUAUGAGAAGCCAUUUGCAUGGAAUCAGGUGGAUUCUCAGUGUAUUAUUGACAAGUCUGAAAAGCAGCAUGAGAGAAUAAAUUAUCAGCUACAUAAGCUUGUUAAGUUGAAUGUUUAAGUAUUUCUAGAAGUCUUUCAGAGGACAAGGUAUUACAACUAGUCUAAAAAUUACUUCUGUCUUCUAUAUAACCUUUGGAUGCUUGUUUUACAAAACUGUUCCUUAAGAUAGCAUGAAGUGGGCUAAAACACAGUUUGGAGUAUGUUAAUUGUUGGGGUUUUUUUUUAACAGUUAAGGUUUGCUGACCUAGAGCAGACAAGUUCAUUCAUAAAACAAACUGAUGUUAAAGCUGGAUGCAGUUUUCUUGUUAAUAAUACUUCCGAGCAGAUUUCUCACAAGGUAUGUGAAAGACAAAGUAAAUCUAGAUGUAGCUGUUCAUUUUCCAUCUAAAAGCUCAUAAGCCAUGGGCAUGGUCUUUUUGUCUUCAGCAGCAAGUUGCAUUUUCCCAUUUUUUUGUUGUUAAUUUUUUUAAAAGCCAUACUACAAAGGUGUUUGGGGUUUUUCUUAACAGAAACCUGGAAGUCAGAGGAAACUGAUGAUCUGAGUUAUAUUCUGAUCCAAACUAAACCUUCCUAUACUGGAUACAAUUUUUCCAUUAAUGUUUCAUACAGCAAAAUGUAACAUAUGUUUUCUUUUCCUGUAUAGCAGAAGGAUGUAUUCACAAAACCUUUGUUUCAUCCUUUCCUCAGAUUUUUACCUGUGAGUUCUUCAGUCCUAAAAAUUAGGUCAGUGGUUUCAGAAGAAAAUGCAAAAUUGAAAUAAAAUGUA